CUUCCCCAAACAAGCCGGCGCCGUUUUGGUUCCUCCUCUAAGCUUACGCGGAAGGAUCUGGCCGUUGGAAUCUCAGAAGUAAGACCUUAUGGAAACAAAUUCUGUAAGUGGAAGAUACGAAACAAGGAGAAGCGGAAGAGCAAAAGAACCCGCAGCCAAAUCUCGGGUUGACUGGAAUCGGACUAAGAGAACCAGAUUGCUUGACAGUGAGGAAGAGGACGAUGAAAGCGCAUCAGCGUCAGAGAAGGACAUUCAAACCAGCUCAGAAGAUGAGGGGGAGGAAGAAGGCAAAUCCAUGGUUGACGUCAGCAAAGAAGAAACCACCAUUAAUGGGAGUAGCCUUCCAGUCAUCAAGGCAAGCUGCGAUGGCUUCACAGAAGACGACGUGGAAGAAGAAAGCAUCGUCCCGGGGAAACACAAGAGGUCACGAUCGUCUGUGAUACACGACGAUAGCGAUGGAAGUGACGACAGUGGCAUUGUUAGAAAAGUGUUUGCUAAACGCAGUUGCAUAGUAGAUGAGGAAGACUCAUCUGCCGAGCAGGAGCAGCACACGUCGCCUGCAGAAGAAGAAACAAACAGAAAGCAGAAAAGGCUGAUGAAGCUGCGGGAGCUUUCCCAGCGGCGAUCGACUCGGGCAAGGAGUGACGGCGAUCCUCAUGAGGAUGCUGAAGAUGAUGUCUUAAUAUUAGAAGAUACCUAUCCAUCACCCUUCAACCCGACUGAUGUCAGUGACUCAGCUGACGAUGAUAGCAUGAGAGGUCUCAUUGUGGAGGAGGAGGAGGAGGAGGAGGAAGGCAAAGAGUUGAAACAAGAGGGAUCUGAGGACGAUGAAAGGCAGCUGCAAGAGAAGAAACACACCAAGUCACGCAAAACCCUAUUGGAGCGUUAUAUUCCAGACUUGGCUCGUCCUAGUCCUUCUGCCCACUUGAAAAGAAUUGUGAGAGCCUUUCUCAUCAAUGCCGUCGAUUGCACCUUUUUGAGCUCACUAUACGAAGGGGAAAGGCAGAAGAGGUACGCACAAGAGAUGCUGGCUUCACUUCGAUACUUGGACAACCGCAUUGUUCAACCUCGUCUUGACAAUUUGAUCGCCAGAAGUCGUUGGAAAGAACGAUAUAAGGAACGUGUGGAUAGUUACCCUAAUGUCUGCAUAGUUUUUGGAAACUCGGAAGAACGUUCCUGUCAGGCCUGUGAACUGCAGAGGUACUGCAGACUCACAGUGGUUCUGUCAGGAAAAUUAUACAAUACCAAUACAAUGGAAAUAGAUGACUUCAUGUCACAUGACAAACAGAGAUUAAAGGUUGGGAUUGUGUGUGGAAAUCGUACCGAAGUUUACCACAAACUGAAGCAUUUUAAAUACAAGUUGUAUCAGGAUUGCUGCUCUGUUAUGAAGCAAGAUGAUUCUCAGGAUGAGCUGCUUAAAGACAAAGUGGACAGAGUCUUCAGUCAGCUGGAAGAAGAUGGCUGGAUCCAGAAGCACUAUACAGAUCUCGAAGACUACAUGAAUGAUGCAGACAACUUCCAAGAGGAAAAAAUGGACUGAGUAUGUUGCAUCUUUUGAAGAAGAGUUUUUAUACGCAUCCUUUGGACUGGUGAAGACAUUCCUGCAUUCUUGCUCUCUUUUUCUUUUACUCUGAGAUGUAAUUAUGUCCUGUAAAUCAUGCAGAUGAGUGAGUUAAUGGUCAAUUACAUGUUUCAUUUUAAUUAUAAGAGCUAUUAAUGGGGGGGGAGUUUUAUAUUUGAAAUAAUGUAUUCUGUGUUGAACAUGUUGGUCUAUAAUUUUUUUGGGGGGGGAACCCCCCACCUCUAAAGAACUGGGGAGUUCCAUUCAGGAAACAGAAUUGUUUCUGCAGUGAUGCCCAGGUGGAUUGUGUCAGUUUUUGAGAAAUGUUUGGCUCCAGUUCCUCUUUUUGGAAAAAGAAUGAUCUACAUGGCAAGAAGUCCAACAGAGUGUAAGCUGCAUGCUGUUUUCCCAGCACAUUUUUAAAAAGUUGCUGUAAGCAUCAAACAUUUUUUUCAGACCCUGAAAAAAAAAGGGGGAGGGGGAGACAGGGCAGUAACAGAUUAUCUCUAAAGCCAGCAGGCCAUCAUUAUUUAUGUGUCUUGGAGACCCAGAAUUCAUAGGCCUGCUGAUUGGUAGGACAGCUGAAAAAUCUCUAACAUUAUUGGCCUUUACCAAUGCAAAACAGAAGUAGCAAAUCAGGCUGCGUGUGAAACUGAGCUGUGCUAAAAUAAAUAAAAGCGCUUAAUCAUUUCUGUAGCAUUUAUGAGGGAGGAAAGCAUGUGUUACAGGCAUUAUUGGAUUGUGCAGAGGCCGCAGUUUUGUUUUCGCCCAUGAUACCAGUUGAGUCGGCUUCCAUUUUGGAACGUAGCUGAGAGACUUCCAUGGACGCUGUGACGGACAGGAGGCUGUCCUGCCCCUGAGAGGUAAAACAGCCACUCAGCUGUUUCCACACCUGGGCUUAUGGGAGUGCUGCUCCAGCAUCCUGUUUCCUUCCAGAGAGGCGCUUGAGGACUGCCUGAGGGAGAGUACAGACAGAAAAAGGGGAAUGGUCUCAGCAAGGGAGCCGACAACUUCAUGUGUAGCUCUGCCUGGCAGUGUGGAAGAGUGGCUUAACUCUACUUCUGGGAGAGGACAGAGUUGUGAGGCCUGUCUCUGGUGAUGAGCAGAGCUGCGAACGACAAGCUUUAAAGAGAAUU